GCUUGGUGUAAAGAAAAGAUAGUUCACUUUCCACACCCCAUCCCUCACAUCCUGCUUCCCCUCCACCGGUCCACCCUACCUCCUUUUCUGCCCCCACAAAAGCAAAACAAGUUUUACUUGCUUGCUCUCUAGCUACCUCCGAGCAGAUCAAGCCAACCUGCCGCUCUCUCAAGAACUCUGCCCUAGCCUUCUUCUUCUUCCAACGUGCAUAGCCAAAAAGCUACCGCCCUUUGCACCACACAGCUCUUGGCUGGCUAGCUAGUAGCUAGCCUAGAUGUGAGCUGAUUGGAAACAACAGAAUUAUUGAGCGGUUGGUAGCUGCUUGCAGCUAGCAUCCUCUAUAGAGGCAGCGAGGGAUCGGCAAAGGGAGCCCUAGCUAGCGCCAGAGCCAUGUGCGACUACUUCCUGCAAAGGAUGGAGAGUGACCAGGCCGGCGGGGACCUCACCGACAUCGUCCGCGCCGGCGGAGCCAUGCCGGCCAACGCCGAGGUGCCGUCCACAGCCGCAGAGUGGCAGCUCCAGGGAGAGUCGUUGCUCUUCCCCCCGCCGCCGUCGUCAUCUGACGGUUGUGCCGGGGGGACUGGGGCCGAUGUCUUCGGCGGUGACCCUUUCUCCGGGCUCGGGGACCCGUUCAGCAGCGACUACUCGUCAGGCGCAGACUUGUUGGACGCCAUGCCGGACGCGAUGGCCAAGGUCGGCAUCGACACGGGUGUCGGUGGUGGCAGCGGCUGCGGAGGUGGGGGAGGCGGAGGCGGAGGCGGCGGCGGUGGCCAACUGUUGGACAUGAGCUGGAAGCCUCUCUUGCCGCGCGGGGUGCAGAUGCCGGCGGUUGGCCUGCUGGACCCGAGGGUGAUGCCAUCGCCGCUGUCGCCGAGGGCGAUUCGGCCGUACCCGGCCAUGGCCGGUGACAUGGUCAAGCUUGGCAUCACGGCCGGGCAGAUGGCCGGGUGCGCCAUCGACGCCGCUGUCGCCGGCAUGCAGAUGUCGUCGCCUCGCUCCGCGGGCGGGAUCAAGCGCAGGAAGAACCAGGCAAGAAAGGUGGUGUGCAUCCCGGCCCCGACAGCGGCCGGGGGAAGACCCACCGGGGAGGUGGUUCCUUCUGAUCUCUGGGCUUGGAGGAAGUACGGCCAGAAGCCUAUCAAGGGUUCUCCCUAUCCAAGAGGGUACUACAGAUGCAGCAGCUCAAAAGGAUGCUCAGCACGGAAGCAAGUAGAGCGCAGUCGGACCGACCCCAACAUGCUAGUCAUCACCUACACCUCUGAGCACAACCAUCCAUGGCCGACUCAGCGCAACGCCCUUGCCGGGUCAACUCGGACUCACCACGGCAAGAACAGCAGCAGCAGCUCAGGCUCCAAGGGCUCACAGAACGAAAAGCAAAAGCAACCAAAUGUUAAGGAAGAACCGAAAGACCAGGCUACGACUACAACCACAGCCACUAGCACAAUCACCACUACAACUAGUACUUCUCCCGCGGUUGUGAAAGAGGAGACAAUGGUUGGAUCAGAAACACUGGGGAGAGUCAUGGAUACAGCAGGAGUAGACCACAUUGGACUCAUGGACCAUGCUAUGUUCAGUGAGAGCUAUAAACCGAUGAUACUGGAGGCCGGCCAAUCCGACGACUUCUUCUCCGACCUCGCCGAGUUGGAGUCAGAUCCCAUGAGCUUAAUCUUCUCCAAGGAGUACAUGGAAGCAAAGCCAAGUGGUGCUGAUCAUGCCAAGGAGAAAGCAGUAACCAAGGACUUGGAUCCAUUUGACAUGCUAGAUUGGUCUACUACUACUUCAGCAGGGAGCUCAUUUGAGCAAGGGAAGAGAUGUUAAAGCCAUGGCGCGAUGUAUAUGCAUGCCUAAUGCAUAUGUGCACACACAUUACUCAGCAGCUAAUAACAUGAAAGAUUACCACAAGGUCAGCAAGGAAAGAUAAGAGCUUUUUUUUUCACUUUUCUUUUCUUCUUUUGGUUCUUGUGCUUCUUAUUAUCAUUAUUAUUGUGUGAGAGAGAUUUGAAUUUUUGUUCAAGGUUUAGAUAUGAACCUUAUUUUUUAAGGUUUGUGUCAGCUUGAUCCUUAAUUUCAUUUCAUGAGAUGAUCAGGAGAUGAUGAUUUCUCUCUCGCGUGCGCGCGCACGCUCCAUGCAUUGAUCUGCAGCACCUGUUUAUGGUUACCUUACAUUAGUAUGUUGGAGAGGAUGAAAAAAUGGACGAGAUCAGAUUGGAGUGUGAGUGUGAUAGAUAGAGAUGGAA